AUGCAAGCAAUCCGCGUUCAUCCAUCUUCAACCUCUCCCUCUUACUCCCCCUCCAACCCCGCGCCUCCAUCUGCCCUGCAUCUCGACAACAUCCCCAUAUCUAAACCCUCUCAACGUGGCGACUUGCUAGUCCGUGUAAAAGCUUCAACUGUGGUUCGGGAUAUGCUCACAUGGCCUGAAACCUAUCAGCAUGAAUAUGCCAUCCCGGGUAAUGACUUUUCGGGCAUAGUUAUUGAAACUUUCUCGGAUGGGAGAUUUAAACCUGGAGAUGAAGUAUUCGGCAUGGCCAACCCAGAUCGCGGAUCGACGUGGGCCGAGUACGCUAUUCUCAAGGAGAGCGAGGUGGCGUUGAAGCCCAAGACCUUAACGUGGGAGGAGGCGGCUUCGUUACCGUUAAGUGCGCAGACUGCGGUUGAGGCGUUCCAACAUGCGGGUAUCAAUGUCGAUGGAGGUGCAAGGAAGAAGGUGCUGAUCACCGGUGCUGCUGGAGGAGUAGGCAUGUAUCUGGUGCAGAUCGGUGCCAUUGCUGGAGUGCAUGUUGUUGCCGCGACGAGUUCGAAUGCGCGGAAUGAGGAGUUUCUGAGGGGUCUUGGUGCUAGUCAGGUUGUUGAAUAUGGGGACUUGCACGCGAGUGAGAAUGAGUUCGAUGCUAUUAUCGACACAGUCGGAGGAGAGAUUCUGGAGAAAUGCUGGUCAUACGUCAAAGGCAACGGAGCAUUGAUAUCAGUCGAUUCAGCCAGCUUCGACUUCGUCGCCGAACACAAAGAACGAGGCUUGCGUAGAGAGGGAGUAAAAGCUUUGUUCUUCAUCAUCAAGGGUGAUAGCCAUAACUUACAGAAACUAGCGAACUGGACGGAUUCAGGAAAAUUGAAGCCAUUCAUCGUGGACAGCUUCCCCAUAUCACAAGCACAACAAGCAUACGAGUACGCCAGCGGACGCUAUUCAGGCCGAGGAAAGGUUAUCAUUACAGUCUAA